AUGGGGCUCUCUGCAACGCUGUGGUUCCUGAUGGGGCUCACCGCUGGCAGUAUGGCCGCACCCCUACUGCGAUGGAGCGAUGAUGACGCCGCUGUCAUGGCGCUGUACAGCGCUGAUUACUACAACAAGGUCUCCAGAGAAGACGUCCUCUAUGGGCUCCUGGAGAACGACACGGAAUACAUCACUGAUGAGAAAUCUCGCUUUCACCAACUUUCAUUCUCAAUACAAGAAACCGGGUGCCAGAAAAGUGACAAGACGCCGACCGACGGCUGCGCAUUCAAGGAGGGCGGCGUUGUCAAGUCCUGCACAUCAGACUUCUUCGAGGACGACGACCGGGACAUGGUUGUGGUGACCUGCCAGAACCAAGACGGCCAUCGAGAACACUCAAGAGUGAGAAGAUCACACGAGGCGGUCGAGGAGGUGGUGGCGGCCGAGGGGGAAGGGGUGGUAGCGGCGGACGCGGUGGAAGAGGAGGUGGAAGAUCUGGAUCUGGCUCUUCCAUCGCGGGAGUCGGGAGCCGCGGGAGGUGGCGGCCGCCAUGCCUAA